AUGGGCGAUGUUCGAUAUCUACGAGGCGUUCGGGCCAAGGAUUUGCUCAUCGGCAUCACCAGCAUCGAACCCGAAGCUGAAUUCAGGAGGAUCUUCGGCUUUUUGUUGCGCAGGAUUUCAGAUUGGCUGCACGGGAAGGCCGACAUUGACAAGAUCCAGAUAUGCUUUGGCGAGGAGGAGGCCGGCGCCGAGAAGCUGUUCAACAGCUUGGUUGACAAGGUGGCGGUUGCUCUGACGACCGAAAUUGGGUGGAUCGACCGCACAUAUGAGGGAAUGGAACUCAUUCUAAGAGCCAGUGAUGGUCAAGCGUUGAUGGUAUUUUGGGACGAACCGGACGGAUAUUUCUACCUGAUACGCUGCGAAUAUAAUUUCAGACGGGGUCGAUGCCUCGGAAGUCAUCAGAGGAAUGAAGAGUCGGUGCGACGGAUUUGCCGGCUGAUGAGUCUUUCCACGCAGCUACGAGAGCGAAAUGCUGAAUUGGCCGAAAAUGCACGAGAGAAGCUGAAAAACGAGUGCAUCAAGUUCACCGAGUACAACAAGGGCGCCACGACGGUCGAUUUGAUGAUGGAUUGGAUCUGGCGUCCGAAGGGCCAACGUCGUUCGCCGUGGGGAUUAAUUGACGACUUCAUCCUCCACGAUAACGUCAAUCGCGUAGACUUUGCCGUUCUGCACGCCUACCGAUUUGUGAGAGCCUUCGGCGAAAGAGAUCACCUCAAGCCCACCCAGUUCAUCCACGACAAUUUUGCGCUUGAGGUGAAGAAAGAACCAGAGGAAUCCGUCGAGUUUUUGGAAAGUGAUAUGGUGUGCUCGUUGGAGAUGCUCCAUAUUGAAUUGAACGUGCAAGGACAAGGCUUGAUCUUCUACUGGGAUGAGAAAAAUCGCUCGGUGUGUUUGAUAGGUUGCGAGUACAAUUUUCGACGUGGUCGAUGCCUCGGUAGUUACGAGAGAAAUGGAAAGGCCCUGGCGAGGAUUAGUGCUUUAAUGGCCAAAUCGCAACUCCUCCUCAAGCGAAAUCCGGGCCGGGCCGUGGAGACGAAGGAGAAGCUGAGGGAUGAGUGCAUCAAGUUCAACCACUACAAUAAGGGCGCAACAAAAAUGGACUUGAUGACGGAUGCGAUUUGGCGUCCACGAAGCCAGCGUCGCUUUCCGUGGGCCCUUUUCGUGAAAGGACUGCAUCAAAUUUUUCGGAGUCCCAUUUAUCCGUUGGACAGCUCGCUGAACCAUGCCUACGAAUUCACGAAGGCCUUCGAGACCAGGGACGUGGCCGAUGUCUCGUCCCUUUCUUCGCGUCUAUCAACACAAAAUCCGAAAUUGGCCGCCGAUGCGAAGGAGAAGCUGAAGGAGGAGUGCAUCAAGUUCAACGAGUACAAUAAGGGCGCCACGGAGAUGGAUCUACUCGUCGAUUCUAUCUGGCGUCCGAAGCGACAGCGUCGAUCGGUUUGGGGAUCUUUCAAUGGAAAUGUCCUCCCGACGGAUAAAUAUCCGGUCGACCCGUCGAUUCGCCACGCCUACAAAUUCACAAAGGCUUUUGAAACAACUGGUGUUCUGCCAGAGAUCGACGAGUUCAAGCCGGCCGAUGGCAAGGAAAUUGAGGACUGGAAGCAGCGCUUCCCGGAAUUCGCUUUC